UGAUAUCACGAUGUGACUAUUCGUAACCACGCAUAACGGCAACCAUGACUUUCUUGGUGGAGCCCAUCACGUUCGACUGGAAGAACAUCCUUCGUAUCAUCUUCGCCAGUGUCGGUAUCGUCGGUAACACCAUCGUGAUCAUCGUCUACGCUCGCAAGCGAGGCGUCGGUGCGGGGCGGCGCACCGGCCGGCGCGUCCCGCGCAGCGCCACCGACACCUUCCUCCUAAACCUCGCCUGUGCGGACCUCCUCACCUCAGUACUUAUCAUCCCAAGACCUUACUUCAGCCGAGUAGAGGACAGACCCCUCGGCCACGCCUACUGCCGUCUCGUUAACUCGGAUGUCUUUCUCUGGACCUCCAUCGUGGCUUCGGUCUUCACACUAACAUUCGUCUCCGUGGAGCGUUGUUUGGCCAUCGUAUACCCUCUGAAAUACCGCAGGAUUUUCUCCGGUAACCGCGCGCGUACCAUCUCGCUCUGUAUUUGGUGCCUGUCGUUCAUCCUAAACACCUUCAAUAUCUACUGUGUAAGUGUAGACCCCGUGGCUUUAGUUUGUAUCUCGGCUUAUCCGACCGUCGGUUACCAGGGGUUCGUCGGUGCUGGGCUUUUCAUCGCAGAGUUCUUCGUUCCUAUGAUUGUCAUGAUCGUCACCCACGUGAUGGCCAUACGGGCUUUGCGAGCGCACGCCAGGACGCUCUUAUCCAGGAACGAGUCGCCCAACAGCCCCGCGUACUCGCUGCUCAACACCCGCCGGAAAAUCAUCGAGAUGCUGCUAGCUGUCGUGGUCACCUUCAUUCUGUGCUGGUCCGGGGACCAAGUCCUCUUUCUAGCCUACAAUUUGGGUAUGACAGACCCGAACUACCUCGCCACCGAAACUUAUCAAGCCUUCUUCUUGCUUGCCUUCGUCAACUCCUGCGCCAAUCCCAUCAUCUACACGUUCAAAAACCAGAAGUUCAGGCACGCGGUGAAGUGCCUGAUUGUCGGUCGCGGCCGUGCGUCGAACAGGGUCGGCGACGUAGCGACAGUGACGCUCGGGAUCGAGAACGGACUGUCGCAGAUCAGUCUGAUCAAUGCGCUGUUUCUGACCACGCGUGGAAGUCAUCCCCAGCCUAAACUCAACACGGCUAAUAACAAUACAGACAGCCCCAAUCCGGUACAUCUGCUUUGAUCACCCAAUUUG